CGGCGCGACCAGCGUUCCGCCUCCUCCGCUCCCUGCGCUCUCGCCACCUCGGCAGCUCGGCGCCAGCCUCCCGCCUCCGUCCGAGGCCUCCGCUGCUGCGAGGCUCCCGGCUUCGCUCCUGUCUCUUUAAAUGGUGGGGCCAACGGGCCGCCCCUGCAGCUGCUGCCUGGGUGGCCCCGCGCGCCGCUAUUGAGGAGCGAACCAAGAUGGCGGCGGCUUUGGCUCUGUGAGGAAGACGGAAGAGGCGGCGGCAGCGGUGGAGGAACAGGGACCCCCAGGAGCCGGGAGCGCUCCUGCUCCUGGGCGCUCUCGGAGUCUUCCGCGCAGUGGUAGCAGUUGCAGCAGGAGCAGGCGCUCGUCGGCUUCGGACAUUUGAAACGGGAGCGGAGCGCAGCCCCAGCUGCGGUGGCAGGACCAGGUAUCAGGAAGGAAAACAUGGCGGCGGCGGCCUGAGGAGGCGGCGGCGGCGCGGGAAGCGGCUUCGCGGAGAUCAUGGCGGAGGCGGGAGCAGGGCAGUGACCGGCGCCCCGAGUUCCUACCGCGGCGGCACAGGAGGCUGCGAAGCGCUGCGCGCCCCCCUCGGGGUGGCUGGGCUCGCCGGGCCCGGACAAUAGCGCCGAGGAGCGGGAGGCGAGGCAAGGCGGGGGCCCAGAGCUCGGGCCCCAGAGCUCGGGCCCCGCGGCGGGCCAUGCGGGCGGCAGCGCGGCCCCGGGGCGGCCAGAGGCGGCAGUGAGGCCGGGGAGCCCUCGGCUUGCGGGCGUCCUCCUCACUCGGCUCCCGCCUCCCCGGACCCCCUUUCCGGGCUACUCCGGCGGGGCCUUUGCUCCGGCCCCCGCGCGGCACGAUGACCGACACUCGGCGGCGGGUGAAGGUUUACACGCUCAACGAGGACCGGCAGUGGGACGACCGGGGCACUGGGCAUGUGUCGUCGGGCUACGUGGAGCGGCUGAAAGGCAUGUCCCUGCUUGUCAGGGCCGAGAGCGACGGUUCUCUACUUUUAGAGUCCAAAAUAAAUCCUAAUACUGCAUACCAGAAACAACAGGACACUUUGAUUGUGUGGUCUGAAGCAGAAAAUUAUGACUUGGCCCUUAGCUUUCAAGAAAAAGCUGGAUGUGAUGAAAUUUGGGAGAAAAUAUGUCAGGUUCAAGGAAAGGACCCGUCAGUGGACAUCACUCAGGACCUUGUAGAUGAGUCUGAAGAGGAACGUUUUGAUGAUAUGUCAUCGCCAGGUUUAGAAUUGCCAUCUUGUGAAUUAAGUCGCCUUGAGGAAAUUGCAGAACUUGUGGCAUCAUCUUUACCUUCUCCCCUGCGUCGUGAAAAACUUGCACUAGCACUGGAAAAUGAGGGUUAUAUUAAAAAGCUCUUAGAGCUUUUUCAUGUGUGUGAGGAUUUGGAGAAUAUUGAAGGACUGCACCACUUGUAUGAAAUUAUCAAAGGCAUCUUCCUCUUGAAUCGAACUGCUCUUUUUGAAGUUAUGUUCUCCGAGGAAUGUAUAAUGGACGUCAUUGGAUGCUUAGAAUACGAUCCUGCUUUAUCACAACCACGAAAACAUAGGGAAUUUCUAACAAAAACAGCCAAGUUUAAAGAAGUGAUUCCCAUAUCAGAUCCUGAGCUGAAACAAAAAAUUCAUCAGACAUACAGAGUUCAGUAUAUACAGGAUAUGGUUCUACCUACCCCUUCAGUCUUUGAAGAAAAUAUGUUAUCAACUCUUCACUCUUUUAUCUUUUUCAAUAAAGUAGAAAUUGUUGGUAUGUUACAGGAAGAUGAAAAAUUUCUGACAGAUUUGUUUGCACAAUUAACAGAUGAAGCAACAGAUGAGGAAAAAAGACAGGAAUUGGUUAACUUUUUAAAAGAAUUUUGUGCGUUUUCCCAAACGCUACAACCUCAAAACAGAGAUGCUUUUUUCAAGACUUUGUCAAACAUGGGUAUAUUACCAGCUUUAGAAGUCAUCCUUGGCAUGGAUGAUACACAGGUGCGAAGUGCUGCUACUGAUAUAUUCUCAUACUUGGUUGAAUAUAAUCCAUCCAUGGUACGAGAGUUUGUCAUGCAGGAGGCACAACAGAAUGAUGAUGUAAGUAAGAAGUUAACAGAGCAAAAAAUAACCAACAAGGAUAUUUUGCUCAUCAACCUCAUUAUAGAACAUAUGAUUUGUGAUACAGACCCUGAACUUGGAGGAGCAGUCCAACUUAUGGGCCUGCUUCGCACCUUGGUUGACCCAGAAAACAUGCUAGCUACUGCCAAUAAAACAGAAAAGACUGAAUUUCUGGGUUUCUUCUACAAGCACUGUAUGCAUGUCCUUACUGCUCCAUUACUGGCAAAUACAACAGAAGACAAACCUAGCAAAGACGACUUUCAGACUGCCCAGUUGUUGGCACUGGUAUUGGAAUUGUUAACAUUUUGUGUGGAGCACCAUACCUACCACAUAAAGAACUACAUUAUUAAUAAGGACAUCCUCCGGAGAGUGCUAGUUCUCAUGGCCUCGAAGCAUGCUUUCUUGGCAUUAUGUGCUCUUCGUUUUAAGAGAAAGAUUAUUGGAUUAAAAGAUGAGUUUUACAACCGCUACAUAAUGAAAAGUUUUUUGUUUGAACCUGUAGUCAAAGCAUUUCUCAACAAUGGAUCCCGCUACAACCUGAUGAACUCUGCCAUAAUAGAAAUGUUUGAAUUUAUUAGAGUGGAAGAUAUAAAAUCAUUAACUGCUCAUGUAAUUGAAAAUUACUGGAAAGCACUGGAAGAUGUAGAUUAUGUACAGACAUUUAAAGGAUUGAAACUGAGAUUUGAACAGCAAAGAGAAAGGCAAGAUAAUCCUAAACUCGACAGUAUGCGUUCCAUUUUGAGGAAUCAUAGAUACCGAAGAGACGCCAGAACACUAGAAGAUGAGGAGGAGAUGUGGUUCAACACAGAUGAAGACGACAUGGAAGAUGGAGAAGCAGUGGUGUCUCCAUCUGACAAAACUAAGAAUGAUGAUGACAUUAUGGAUCCAAUAAGUAAAUUCAUGGAGAGGAAGAAAUUAAAAGAAAGUGAGGAAAAGGAGGUGCUUCUGAAAACGAAUCUUUCUGGUCGGCAGAGCCCAAGUUUCAAGCUUUCUCUCUCUAGUGGAACAAAGACUAACCUCACCAGCCAGUCACCUGCAACAAAUCUGCCUGGUUCUCCAGGAUCACCUGGAUCCCCAGGAUCUCCAGGCUCUCCUGGAUCCAUCCCUAAAAAUACAUCUCAGACGGCAGCUAUUACUACCAAGGGAGGCCUCGUGGGUCUGGUAGAUUAUCCUGAUGAUGACGAAGAUGAUGAUGAGGAUGAAGACAAGGAAGACGCGCUACCACUGUCAAAGAAAGCAAAGUUUGAGUCCUAAUAAUGGCAACGGCCUGUGAUCAGUACCUGUUGAGAAAACUGGUUCUCCACCCCUCUCCCUACAAAAUCAACAACAAAGCAGUGGUCUCUUGUGAAUGACUGACAAAGAUCAGCCUCGCACACUUGACUUCUGCUCAUCAAGUGCCAAUUCAAUGGAGCAGGAGGAGGGGAUAUGAUGUAUUUAGGGGAAAGACUUAACUUUGAGCUCUCCAGCUUGGACCACACAUUGCCCUUUUCUCAGGGAAGGAAAUGGAAACAAAAAGCCAACAGGGCAGGGGGUUUUGUAAGUGGAACUCUGAAUUGACUGGUCAGUUGCUACAAUCAGAAUAUGCUUUCUCGGACCAUGUUUGAGACUGAGAGGAAUAUAGGCUUUUCGGCCCUAAUUCUUCACUAGUUAAGAAUGCCAGCAGUUUCUUUGUAUAAAGAGACCUGCCUUUAAAAUCAUACAUUCUGAACAUUUUAGUCAAGCUACAACAGGUUUGGAAAACCUCUGUGGGGGAGGGGUGAAUAUAAAGUUUCUUCUUUUUUUAAUCUGUUCCCUUUGCCCUUCAAACUGCAGAUUUUUUUUUUUUUUUUUUUUUAAAGUGGGGAUUUGUCCCUACUUGAUUAAAGAUUGAGUGGAAUUCUA